AAAUCCCUCCAAAUGCCAAGAAAGUAAUUUAAAAGAAGGCGGUACUUAUUUUCCAAAGUCCUCUGCCUUCAAACGCACGUGCUCGACAACAAACAACAUGGCUGCAAACGGAACGUUAGGGAUGAUGGAGGGUGAAGUCAAGAAGAAGAAGAGCAAAAAAUCCAUCGGGGAGCUGCACCAGGAAAUGAGUUUUAAAAUUGAACCUUCGGAAGCUCCUGCGAAGGUGCUGGACACGUCCGAAUGGCCGCUACUUCUAAAGAACUUUGAUAGGUUGAAUGUCCGUACAAACCAUUACACCCCCUUACCACACGGAUGCUCGCCUUUAAAACGAACAAUAUCCGAAUACCUUAAAGCUGGGUUCAUCAACUUAGACAAGCCCAGUAAUCCUUCUUCACACGAGGUUGUGUCGUGGAUUAAGCGUAUCCUUAAGCUAGAGAAGACGGGACACUCGGGUACCUUAGAUCCCAAAGUCACAGGUUGUUUGAUUGUGUGUCUAGAACGAAGCACCAGAUUAGUAAAAUCUCAGCAAGGAGCUGGAAAGGAGUAUGUCUGUAUCUUCCGGCUUCACGAAAGUGUAGAUAAUUUAGCAAGAAUCAAACAGCCAUUAUACAAGCUGAACAGGAGCUUGUUUCAAAGGCCGCCACUUAUCUCUGCUGUGAAGCGUCAGCUCCGCGUCCGGACAGUGUAUGAUAACAAACUCAUUGAGUAUCCGGAGUAUGUAUGCUAUGUUACAUAUCUUGGUAUAUUUUGGGUGAGUUGCGAGGCUGGCACAUACAUUCGAACCAUGUGCGUUCACCUCGGUCUGCACUUGGGGACUGGAGGACAGAUGCAGGAGCUAAGGAGAGUAAGAUCAGGUAUACAAGGUGAGAAGGACUCGCUAGUAACCAUGCAUGACGUCUUAGAUGCGCAGUGGCUCUUUGAAAACCACGGCGACGAUUCCUACCUCCGAAGAGCAGUGAAGCCCUUGGAAGCCAUGCUCACCGCUCACAAGAGAAUCAUUAUGAAGGAUUCGGCAGUCAAUGCAGUUUGUUACGGAGCCAAGAUCAUGUUGCCUGGCGUGCUGAGAUACGAAAACGGUAUUGAGCUGAAUGAGGAGAUUGUAGUUUGCACCACCAAGGGAGAGGCCAUUUGUAUUGCUCUUGCCCUCAUGACCACCUCCACCAUGUCCUCCUGUGAUCACGGCGUUGUGGCCAAAAUCAAGAGAGUGAUCAUGGAAAGAGAUACAUACCCGCGCAAGUGGGGCCUGGGACCAAAGGCAACUAUGAAGAAGACCAUGAUCAAGGAUGGUCUUCUUGAUAAGCACGGAAAACCAAAUGAAAACACUCCGUCAGAUUGGUUGCACAAUUAUGUUGACUACAGAACGGUGAAAAAGGAACCUGUAGACAGUUUUGCAGCAGCUACACCUACCGUUGAAGCUACGCCAACAGUAGAACCCAAGAAGAGAAAGUUAAGUGAAGGCUCAGACGGCUCAGCAGCAGCGGAAACUCCUGCUGUAGAUGAAGCACAAAUAAAGAAAGAAAAGAAAAAGAAGAAGAAGAAGAAGAGGGACGAGGAUGAGGAAGAACCAGAAGCAGCAGAAGUAGUGAUCAAGCAGGAAGUGAUUGAGGCUGAGCCUGAAGAAGAGAGUGGAGAGAAGAAAAAGAAGAAGAAGAAGAAGAAGAAGAAGGAAGAGCAAGAAUCGGAAUAGACAUUCUGACUCGAGCACCUGGCCAGCAGAUUACUUUGGCUGUGAUGGAAUAUCUGGAUAAACAAGAGAAAAAACUUUUAUUUUACUUAUCAGUUACUGUCGUUAUAAUUAUUAUUAUUAUUGAGAAUAUAUAUUUUUUUCUUUUCAAACAUGCACUGAAAUGUUGUGUGGAACACUCACCUGAGUCUACUUUUUGGUUGAUAAAGGGAAAUAGUGCCCUUCGGUGUUAUACGUUAUGUUGGAAUACAUUUGAAAGUAUAAGUAUAUGAAAGUAUAAGAAAUACUUGAUGUCUUUUUCUGGGGAAUGAGGGAGGUGGCUGUUGAAGGAUCUUAUCCUUAACUGGUUUAGCCACCAGAUGCUCAAUUUUCUUAAUUUUUUAAAAGAAAACUAUAGUGCUUUGGGUCAAAUAUCUUGAGAAACCUGCAUAUGUAGUAGGAAGAGAGCCUUUCCUGUGCUAAAAAAAUGGUUUAGUGGAAUUUUUUUAUGCCUGUAGAAAUUCACCAGUUUUCAAAAUUUGCUUGAAACAGUUCCUCGAAAGCUUCUUCUUUUGUAGAAUAAGUGUUUUAUGGAAGUAUCUAAAUGUUUAAUUUUAUUUAUUUAUUUUUUUGUUUUUGUUAUGGUGCUUAGUUUAAUGAGAGGCCUGACAGACUGCCAGACCAGAGGUUUGCAUUUCAAAAAGACUGCCAAAUUAUUUAGAAUUGGUUACUAAUUAAGUUGUUUUUUUAUAGAACAAGAUUGUUAGAGCAUAGUGGGUGUACAGUUUGUGUACAUAUGUAUGCUAAGUAGCUAAAUAGUUUGUUUAUAUUGAAUUUUUUAAGAUUUAUCCUCUUCCUGUGAGGGAACAGAAGCCUGUCGCCCAUUGUUGUCACUUUAUUUCCACUCUGACAAAUUAUCUCUAGUGUCUGCAGCAGUGCUUAGAUGAGACAAAAUGUGAAUUUUUUAUUUAGAAUUUUUUGUUGUUGUGUAGAACACUUUGAAUAAUUACCAUUAUUCUUGGAAAAGUAUUUUACUGUAAUGUUGUUGAGCAUGGAUAUGUGAUCAGGGUAUGUAAAGUACAUAACAAAGUGUCAACCCUUCUUCCUUUUAACCUUGUGUAAAAAGAAAAAAAGACUUGUUCGUGUAACAUUCUACUCGACCCCCCCCCUCCCCCACCUCCUCCAGGCCACUGCCAGAGCCACCCCAAGGCUAAAGUAGAAUAAUUUGUUGUUUACCUGUUGCCAUGACCUGCGGGAAGUCCAUGGGAAGUCCCUUUCGUGAGGUCCAAGAGGGGGAUCACAGUGCUGGUAAUGUUCGUGAGGCAAAACAAAACCAACCACCCAACCAAAUGGGAGUCUUUCAAGUACCAAUGUUGAAAGCCUUGCGCCUGGAAGCAGAGAUGGCCGCGACGGUGUAGCAUCUGAAGAUCUGGUUGCUAAAGUUGGUGGUGAUAAAGCCUAGCAAGAGACUUUGCAUUAUCUUGGGUUGCAAAAGGCUUAAAAAGAGAAAAUAAAUGGAAGACAUCUGUGCAUUGGCAGCAUAUUGUGGUAGUUCAUCCGGUGAUGAUGUUAAUGUGAACUUAAUUCCGUGUCCAUUACGCUAUGGUUAUGUUGCUAAAGGAAUUGGCAUGUAUUGGAGCUUUAAGCCUUUUAAUUAUGUUGAUUAUGCAGAGUGUGUUACUGGGCUUUUUCUCACAUUUAGGGUUCAAGAUGUGUUCAUGUUGGGCCAUAUCUUCAGUGAUAAGUGAUUGGACCACACAUCACUAGUAUUAGAAUGUUUUUAAUAAAAUAUAAAUGUCCAAA